UCAAAUGUCAUAUGGUAUAAAAAAAAAAUUCCUCCUCAUACAUAUACGAAAAGUCCCCAUUUCCCCUUAAAUGUGUGCGUUGAAUUUCAAUUAAAAACUAUCAAAGUGUAUGUGUCCAACGGGUGAAAGAAAAAACUUCCAUUUCACAGAAGAAUAGAAAACUACAAUUCCUAGAAAUAGAAAGUUGAUAAAUUAUUUCAAAGAAUUCGUGUUAAAAUGGCCUGUGCAGUUUCGGCUGCUACCAAAGAAACUACAACAGCAACCACAAAUGGCAGCAGUGGCAGCAACGUUGUUGUUGGUGGAGGUGCCUCUGCUAUAGCACCAUCAUCAACAGCUAAUAGCAAUGGUGGCAAUUCUCAGAGUGGCAAUGUCACUGCACCAGGAACUUCAAAUGGCGGUGCAACAGCUGCCGGAGGAGGAUCCUCUUCAGCCGCUGUUGUCGGAGCACCUGCUGGUGGCGCUGCAAAUGCAGUCAAUAGACAGACUAGAUUUGCUAUGGAAGGUGUCGGCGCUAGGGUAAUAAGAGGUCCCGACUGGAAGUGGGGCAAACAGGAUGGCGGUGAAGGUCACGUGGGUACCGUUCGCAAUUUCGAAUCAUCUGAAGAGGUCGUUGUUGUUUGGGACAAUGGCACAGCGGCAAACUAUCGUUGCGCUGGCGCAUACGAUCUACGCAUUUUGGACAGUGCUCCUACCGGCAUCAAACACGAUGGCACCAUGUGUGACACAUGUCGACAGCAGCCAAUCUUUGGCAUACGCUGGAAAUGUGCCGAAUGCAAUAACUAUGACUUGUGUUCGAUUUGUUAUCACGGCGAUAAACAUCACUUGAGACAUCGUUUCUAUAGAAUUGCAACCCCAGGUGGUGAUCGUAUUAUGUUGGAACCACGAAGAAAAUGCAAGAAAGUAGCCAUGCGUGGUAUAUUCCCCGGAGCAAGAGUUGUCCGAGGUGUCGAUUGGCAAUGGGAAGAUCAAGACGGUGGAGUCGGUCGUCGUGGUAAAGUGAAUGAAAUUCAAGACUGGUCAUCGGCAUCACCACGAUCAGCAGCUUACGUUGUCUGGGAUAAUGGAGCUAAGAAUUUAUAUCGAGUUGGUUUUGAAGGAAUGGCUGAUCUAAAAGUUGUCAAUGAUGCUAAAGGAACAACAGUGUAUCGUGAUCAUUUGCCAUUGUUGGGUGAAAAUGGUCCCGGCAAAGGACCACAUGGUUUUCAAAUCGGUGACAAAGUCACCGUUGAUUUGGAAUUGGAAAUUGUGCAAUCACUACAACAUGGUCAUGGUGGUUGGACGGAUGGCAUGUUUGAGUGUUUGAAUAAUGCUGGAUUGGUUGUUGGCAUUGACGAGGAUCAUGAUAUUGUUGUAGCUUAUAAUAGUGGCAAUCGAUGGACAUUCAAUCCAGCUGUCCUUACAAAGGUUUCAUCGCCAACAACGAGUGUUCCCGAAUUUGCAGUCGGUGAUAUUGUUAAAAUUUGUUCAGAUGUUGAGAAUAUUAAAUUAUUGCAAAGAGGACAUGGCGAAUGGGCUGAUGCUAUGCAAUUGACUCUUGGAAAAGUUGGAAGAGUUCAACAAGUUUAUCACGAUAAUGAUUUGAAAGUGGAAGUUGGGAAUACAUCGUGGACGUAUAAUCCUCUGGCUGUGACCAAAGUUGCCUCAUCAACAGCCGAUGGAAAUUGUGUUCCAGUCACAUCGAAUGGAGAGCGUCUAUCUGCAAUUCUAAAGAAACUCUUUGAACCAAAUGUCUCAGGCGAUGCUACCGAAGAGUUUGUCAAAGCUGCUGCCAAUGGUUAUGCGGCUCGAUGUGAAGAAUACCUUACAGGAGCUUCUCCAGCAACUUCUGCCAGUACCUUGGCCGAUGUUAACGGAGUAUUUGCCGGACAUACUGCAUUACAAGCCGCUAGCCAAAAUGGUCACAUUGAAGUUAUACAAGUACUCCUCCGUCACAGUGUAGACGUAGAGAUCGAAGAUAAGGAUGGAGAUCGAGCUGUUCAUCAUGCAGCAUUCGGUGAUGAGCCUGCCGUCAUCGAGAUCCUUUCUAAAGCUGGAGCAGAUUUGAAUGCCAGAAAUAAAAGACGUCAGACCGCACUUCAUAUUGCAGUCAACAAGGGACAUUUGAAUGUGGUUAAGACUUUACUCUCACUUGGCUGCCAUACAAGUUUGCAGGAUUCCGAAGGUGAUACUCCCCUUCAUGAUGCAAUUUCCAAGGAACACGAUGAAAUGCUAUCACUCCUGUUGGACUUUGGCGCCGACAUCACACUUACCAAUAACAACGGAUUUAAUGCACUCCAUCAUGCCGCACUCAAGGGCAAUCCGAGUGCCAUGAAAAUUCUUCUCACCAAAACAAGUCGUCCUUGGAUUGUUGAGGAGAAGAAAGAUGACGGCUACACAGCACUUCAUCUGGCCGCUUUGAAUAACCACGUCGAGAUUGCAGAACUUCUUGUGCAUAUGGGAAAAGCUAAUAUGGACCGACAGAAUGUCAAUCUACAAACAGCUCUUCACUUAGCCGUGGAGCGCCAACACGUACAAAUUGUAAAGCUUCUCGUUCAAGAGGGCGCCAAUCUAAACAUUCCCGACAAAGAUGGUGAUACACCAUUGCACGAAGCUUUGCGUCAUCACACUUUAUCGCAGCUGAAACAGCUUCAAGAUGUCGAAGGAUUCGGCAAACUUUUGAUGGGUUUGCGUAAUGCAAACGAUAAGAAAGCAUCAGCAUCGAUUGCUUGUUUCCUAGCAGCAAAUGGAGCUGAUUUAACUAUGAAGAAUAGAAAACUACAAACUCCAUUGGAUCUAUGUCCAGAUCCAAAUCUCUGUAAGACAUUGCUCAAGUGUUAUAAUGAAAGAAAGACAGAUGAUGCUGAGUUACCAGGGAAUGUAGCUGGUACGAGUAGCAAUGCUAGAGCUAGAGCUCUUCAAGGGCCGGUGACUACUGGAGCACCUGUUGGAGCUGGAGUGGCUUGUAGUAUACCUCCAAUGAUGAAUUUCUCCUCUCAUGCCACUGGACUUCAUGGAAUGAAUUCUGAUAUGGCAGCUUUGACUAUCAACGAGAAUCCUGUUCCUGAUAUGGGCAGGUCGAUUGCAUUUGACGAAUGCAUGGUUUGUUCGGAUUUGAAGAGAGAUACUGUAUUUAAGCCUUGUGGCCACGUUUGUUGUUGCGAUACCUGUGCACCGCGUGUUAAAAAAUGUCUCGUUUGUCGCGAGACAGUGUCUUCCCGUGAAAAAGUCGACGAGUGCCUAGUGUGCUCGGAUCGUCGUGCUUCCGUAUUCUUUAAGCCAUGCGGUCAUAUGGUCGCAUGUGAACACUGCUCGAGUCUAAUGAAGAAGUGUGUACUUUGUCGUACGUCAAUUGAUGAAAUGGUUCCAUUUUCACUCUGUUGUGGUGGUGGUGGUACUGUGGAUAAAGUAAACAAAGAAGAUUACUCGAUCAAGACCUCUUACAAAGGUGAUGUUCUUUUGCACCAGGUAAUAGUGCCACCAGAAGAGAACAAACCAAAAGAAAAUAAUCCAGUGAUUGUGGGAGUUAAUAAGGCUGGUCAUGAAAUUGCCAUGAAUAAUACGGUUCAAGCGGUAAGCACACCAAUCGCCAAUAAUCAGAUUAGCAACAAUGUUAGCUCGCCAAACACAAAUAUUAAUAAUUUCCAAAUGGAUGACGUACAAAAAUUAAAGCAACAAUUACAGGACAUUAAGGAACAGACAAUGUGUCCAGUUUGUUUCGAUCGCAUUAAAAAUAUGGUGUUCCUUUGUGGCCAUGGAACAUGUCAAAUGUGUGGCGAUCAGAUUGAUGGAUGUCCCAUUUGCCGCAAGACUGUUGAGAAACGUAUUUUACUUUUUUAAACAAACAAACAAACAAACA